ACCCGGAUGUUCAAGAUAAAUAUUGUAAUUUUCAAGAUGGCUGCUACUGAAAGCGAAUCACCUCCCGUAGAAGACAUCUCCUCCCUUGCUAAGGAAGCUGAACAACUCAAACUACGAAUUGCAGAAGAGAAAAACAAAUAUCACGACCAAGAAUUGAAAGAUGUCUCCAGGAAGUUAGAGAGUUUACAAGGAUGCCACAUGAAGGUGCGGCGUAUCCUUAAAGGCCAUCAAGGCAAAGUGUUGAGUAUGGACUGGUCUGGUGAUUGCCGCCACCUUGUCAGUAGUUCACAGGAUGGUAAAGUCAUAGUCUGGGAUGCCUUCACUACUAACAAGGAACAUGCAAUCUCUAUGCCAACAACCUGGGUGAUGUCUUGUGCAUAUUCCCCAACUGGGAACCUUGUAGCUUGUGGGGGUCUAGAUAACAAAUGUUCAGUAUUCAAGUUGAGUUAUGAAGAUGACCACAAUGCCAGGAAACACACUGUUGCCAUGCACACCAGCUACAUGUCUUGCUGCGUCUUUGCUAACUCUGACCAUCAGAUCCUUACCGGCAGUGGUGAUUCCACUUGUAGUCUGUGGGAUGUCGAGUCCAGCCAGAUGAUACAGAGUUUCCAUGGUCACACAGCAGACGUCAUGAGUGUCGAUUUAUCACCCAUUGAAGGAGGUCACAUUUUCAUCUCAGGGGGCUGUGAUAGAGCAGCGCUUAUCUGGGACAUCAGAACAGGGCGUAUCGUCAACUCCUUCGCUUCCCAUUCAGCAGAUAUUAAUGGAGUCAAGUUUUUUCCUAGUGGCGAUUCGUUUGGCACGGCUUGUGACGAUGGCAAAUGCCGACUAUUUGAUCUCCGCGCGGACCAUCAACUUGCAGAAUAUCACAAGGAUCAUCUGAUCUUUGGCGUCGCUUCGUUAGAUUUCUCCGUCAGCGGACGUUUGUUAUUUGCUGGAUAUCAUGACUACACAAUUAACGUAUGGGACACACUGAAGGUCGAGCGUCUAGCCGUCUACUAUGGACAUGACAACCGCAUAAGCUGCCUUAAGGUCUCUCCAGAUGGAACGGGUAUUUGUACAGGAAGUUGGGAUAACACACUCAGGAUAUGGGCAUAGUUCGACACUAGACGGUUUAAAUUCCUCGCACAUGAAGAUACUUGUUUUAUAUAUUUUACCCUAGACAGGACCAAACCCAAAUCCCACAAUGAACAGAGUAGAUUUUUUAAAGUGUUCGCCUUAAUAGUAUGUUAGGAUACAGGGCGAUGGUAAUGUAAGUAUGGAUGCUGGAAAUACUUCUCUCUCACUCACAGAAAGUAGUCAUACAGGGCCACCCGUACCCUCCUGCACAGAGCUUUCUAUGUCGCUCGUUUCCUGGAAAACUCUGCGAAGAAAUGAAGGGGCAGCCGCAAAGAACUUUGAAAUCAGAAUAUCUUGACGUUCUGUCAAACCAUCGACCCCAUCAUCCCCUGCGCCAAGCUCCUGGUCCUCUAUUAAAGGGUCUACUCUUGUGUCAAGCAACAAGGAUUCUUCCAAAAAUAGCAUCCAAUAGGGCUUUUUAUUUUUUUUGAAAAAAAACAACAAAACAAAACAAAACAAAAGAAAACAUCGUGGGAAAAGUAAUUGUUUUACAAAUGGAUGAUUUGUGUUUAUGAAACACUCUAAGCUCAGUGUAUUAGAUAAACUCAGCCAGUUAUUAGAUAUCAUUCACUUUAAUAGUUUCCAAGUCUUAUUCGAGCAACUACAGUAUUUAAGCCAUUUGCAAGAUGCUCAAGGUUGCGAACACGCGACAUCUCUUUGCGAAAUCUUCCUCCGGGCGUAUGAUUCUAUUCUUUUCUUAUUAUAUGAAAUUGCUACGAAAAGGCCAGAAGAAGAUCAAUAUAUUCUCCUUUUUUUUCAUCCGUGCACCAUUGCAUGCGCUUUCGGCUUUAAGGCCAGGUUACUCGAUCGAGGCAAUUUUUGUUGCAUUGCGAGUUGCGAUGGCAACGUCCUCUUUUUCUAACUUGCACUGCAUUUUUAUUGCGUUACAAGUUAAGUAUUUUUCGUAACAUUUGGAAUAAGUUUCUGCUACCUGCAAUUUUUAUUUGUCAUUAUUGCAUUGCAACUCGUAGGAAAAAGAUGCCUAGUGUAACAAUAUUUUACAAGUAAUUGCGUAUUCUGAAUUUGUCUCUAUAUUUUAAAUUUUACAUUUUCUCAUUUCGAUUCUACUUCUAUGCUAUCUCAUACUUUGUCACGAUUAUACUAUACGAUUUAUUAUUAUUAUUAUCAACUAAAUUAUGAAUUAUAAAGGAUAUCAUGCAAGAUGUAAAUGAUUGUGAUUAUCAUUCAUUGAAAGAAAAAUAUAAAUUAUUGUAUGUUUUGAUAAAUAAAAGGAUCUUGAAAACA